AUGGUCCCUCCCAACGAAUUGCUGUGUCUACAGCAAGGCUCCGAAAAGAGCAUUGCGUCAGUAUUUUGGGAAGUUGUUUCUGACCCUAUUUCUGCAGGUGAUUGUAGGGUGACAGAGAUGAAGAGGACAGUUUCUGAUGAUAAGGAUGGGGGUGCCAAGAAGGCCCCCAGGAUGUCACCGGGGCCGAGUAGGCGGAGCCCCAGUUAUUCGAUUGAGACUGAUCCGUCAGAGGAUCCUACGGAGGACAGCUAUGAUACCGAUCCUUCAGAGGAUCCAGCGACGAUUCCUCCGGAGAUGUUGACCCCCAGAGCAGAGGAUUCCGCGGAGGGCGGCUACGAGACAGACCCUUCGGAGGAUCCUGUGGCGACCCCUCCAGAGUCUGCGACCCCCAGUGAGGAGGAUCCGUCUGAGUAUGAGGCAGAGGCACCGGGAGAGGAGCUCCCCGACAUCGUGCCAGCCGCUCCUAUGAUGGAGCAUUAUGUUCCGCCAUCCUCGUCACAAGGCUCCGAAAAGAGCAUUGCGUCAGUAUUUUGGGAAGUUGUUUCUGACCCUAUUUCUGCAGGUGAUUGUAGGGUGACAGGGAUGAAGAGGACAGUUUCUGAUGAUAAGGAUGGGGGUGCCAAGAAGGCCCCCAGGAUGUCACCGGGGCCGAGUAGGCGGAGCCCCAGUUAUUCGAUUGAGACUGAUCCGUCAGAGGAUCCUACGGAGGACAGCUAUGAUACCGAUCCUUCAGAGGAUCCAGCGACGAUUCCUCCGGAGAUGUUGACCCCCAGAGCAGAGGAUUCCGCGGAGGGCGGCUACGAGACAGACCCUUCAGAGGAUCCUGUGGCGACCCCUCCAGAGUCUGCGACCCCCAGUGAGGAGGAUCCGUCUGAGUAUGAGGCAGAGGCACCGGGAGAGGAGCUCCCCGACAUCGUGCCAGCCGCUCCUAUGAUGGAGCAUUAUGUUCCGCCAGCCUCGUCAGUGAGCGUCACAUCGUAUUCCAGCCCUUUAUCCUGGUCAUCGGUGAACCAGGAGUCGUCGGACUACUUAUAUUCUUCGGACUCAGACGAGGAGGAUAGCGAGGAAGAGUACCCUUCGCUUUAUAGCUCGCUAGACCGUGGGAGAUAG